AUGCCGUUGUAUAGAAAUCGCAUAUUUCCUACGGAUACAGAUCAAGCAACGAGCACCGAAACCGAAUAUCGAACACAUUAUCUAUCACCGCGACGAGAAGAUUAUAUACCUCACGUUGCUCUACCAAAAAUUGGCACCAAUCGGCUUCCAUCACGUAGUCGUUCAUUUGUCUCAUUUGAUAUCGAUCCAAAUUACAUGUCGAAAACAUCCGAAUAUGGUCUAGGAUUUACUAAUCAUCGUCCUAAACGACCUUAUUGCUUUCAUGCUCAACCCACUCAUAUAUUCGAUCCUUUACCAACACCUUCGACUUCAAUGUCAUCGUUACCUCAAAUAAAAUCAAGUGAAUAUCAAGACCGUUUCGUUAACCUUCGUACGCCUCGUAUAACAAGCGAUUCCACUUCGUCACAUAUAACAUCUCAAUCUAAUACUCCAUAUGGAACAACUUCAAGAAAAGAACGAAUGACUCGUAGUCAAUAUUUUCACGAACUUAUCACCGAAAGUGAUCGAUCUAACGGCGGACAACGAUACGUUGGAAAUAGUGAACAACGAACUGCUUUUCAAUGGCCUUCUCCUGCACCAAAAGAUACAUCUCAUAUAUAUCAAUCAACUGCUCGCGAAUUUCUUCAUAUGAGAAAUUAG